CGAUUGGCGAAUAAUGCCCAAUAAUUUUCCGUAUCGUGGUCCGUGCAGACAAGAAGUGAAGCAGGAGGAGGCAAAGCCAACGUGCUUCUGGACCUUUGAGUGGUUGACUUGCUUACACUGAAGGCAGUGUUGUUGUUUGCUGUGUGCUGUUUGCUGUGGGUCGUUGUUGUUUGUUGUCUGUGACGCAUAGAGGCAGGGAUGAGGCACCGUGUUGCGUUCAGGAAGCUUGGGCGAGACAGCGAGCACCGCCGCGCGCUGCUGCGUAACCUCACCGCUGCGCUUGUCAAGCAUGAACGGAUUCGCACAACUCUGGCAAAGGCAAAGGAACUGCGACGACCAGCAGAGCGACUCAUCACAUGGGCCAAGCGAGGCACCCCUGCUGCACACAACCAAAUGGAGGCCUGGCUCCCGGAGCGGGAACUGAUGCCCAAGGUGUACAACGAGCUGCUGCCUCGAUUUGAGGAGAGGCCAGGAGGGUACACGCGCGUGCUCAAGGCAGGCUUCAGGCAAGGGGACAAAGCGCCCAUGGCGUACAUUGAGUAUGUGGACAACAGCUUGCCGCCGCUUCGGCCUUUCUUUGAGCGCACUGGCGGCAAGAAGUCCAUCUUGGAGACAGCGCAGCAGCAGUUCCAACAGAAGCAGCAGAAGCCGCAGAGUAGUUAGAGACACGUGCUCGUGAUUUGGUGCAUUUGUAUGACGACUUAAUUCGAUUCGUGCACGGAGACGUGUGUGUGUGUGUGCGUGUGUGUGUGUGUAUGUGUGUGUGUAUACCUGUGUAUGUGUGUGUGUGUGUGCCUGUGUGCACCUGUGUGUGUGUGUGUGUGUCUGUCUGUCUGUGCCCCUCUCUGCCCACCGCCCCUCUCUUUGUAUCUCGUCCACCUGUGCGCCGCUCCCCGUGCAUACCCGCCAACUCCAACCCUUGGCCCUUCUGCUUUUCUCCCAGAUGUGCUGUGAUUGAUGUAUUGUUGCUAACUGUGGCUUGUCGCUGGUAUGAAACGGCGUGUGAUUGCUCAACCAGCGAAAAAAAAAAUUAAACAAGGCGAAGCAACA